AGACAAAGAUAGAGAGAUAAUAAAGAAAAGAUGACUGCCGUAAGUUGCUUGAGUGAUAUGAGGCCUCCAAUGACCAUUCAUCAACCAAGCAUGUGGGCUGAUACUUUCACCAACUCUUCUUUUAACGAAAGGGAGCAACAAAAGUAUGAAGUGGCAAUCAAAGAAUUGAAGGAAGAAGCAAGAGACAUAUUAAUGGCUGCAACAACUCCUCUCAACCAAAUGGUAUUAAUCGACACGCUCGAGCGUUUGGGAUUGGCCUAUCUUUUUGAGACCGAAAUUGAACACAAACUCCAACAAAUCAAACACGAUGACGACCUUCUUCACCAUUCCGAUUUAUUCACUACGUCACUUGGAUUUCGCUUGCUCAGGCAACACCGCCACCACAUUUCUUGCGAUGUUUUCAACAAGUUUGUUAACAAGGAUGGUAUGUUCGAAGAAGGCGACGUUGAAGGAAUGCUAAGCUUGUAUGAAGCAGCUCAUGUUCGAUUUAACGAUGAGAAAAUACUACAAGAGGCUGCCGAUUUUACAAGGCAUUACUUGAGUAGUCGAGAAGCGGAAUUAGAGCCUCACCUUAAAGAGAGAGUGAAGCGGGCUUUGAAGCACCCGCUUCAUAGAGAUGUUCCCAUCGUCUACGCACGAAUUUUCAUCUCUAUAUAUGAAAAGGACCCCACGAGAAAUGAACUUCUUCUCAAACUAGCUAAACUUAACUUCAACUUUUUGCAGAAUUUAUAUAGGAAAGAACUCUCCCAACUCUCAAGGUGGUGGAAUGAAUUUGAUCUGAAAUCAAAAUUACCAUAUGCAAGAGAUAGAGUGGUGGAGGCCUAUGUUUGGGGUGUUGGAUAUCAUUAUGAACCUCAAUACUCUCAUGUUCGAAUGGGACUCGCCAAAGGCAUAAAAAUCAUUGGAAUUAUAGAUGAUACGUAUGAUAAUUAUGCUACACUCAAUGAAGCUCAACUUUUUACUGAAGCAUUACACAAGUGGAAUACGGGCGAAGUUGAUCGACUUCCUGAAUACAUGAGAACCGUUUAUCGUUUUAUUAUGAGUACAUUCGAAGAUUAUGAGCGCGACGCACUCAAACUUGGGAAAUCCUUUGCAACUCCUUACUUCAAAGAAACAGUGCAACAACUUGGAAGGGCUUACAAUCAAGAGCUAAAGUGGGUUAUGGAGAGAAAUCUGCCUCCAUUUGAAGACUAUGUUAAAAACUCAGAGAUAACAAGCUGCAUAUUUAUCAUGUUUGCUGCUAUUAUUCCUGGUUUCAAAUCUCUCACCCAAGAAACUAUGGAUUGGAUGAAGAAUGAGCCCAAAAUCGUGAUAUCUACUGGCAUGAUCGGUAGAUAUUGGGACGACAUAGGCUCUCAUCAUCGCGAGAGCAAAGGAGGGCAAGUGUUGACUGUGAUCGACUGCUACAUGAAACAACAUGGCGUAACGAAGCAAGAGACGCUAUCAGAGUUUGCACGACGAGUAGAGGAAGGAUGGAUGGAUGUGAACAAGGAAUGGGUCGAGACAGCGUUCGUGCCUCGAGAAAUAGCCCUUCAAUUUCUCAACUAUGCGCGAAUGUGCGAAGCCACUUACAACCACUAUAACGGAGACGCUUAUACAGAUCCUGAAAUGGCCAAGCCAACUGUUCAUGCUCUCUUUAUCGAUCCAAUUCUCAUUUGAGUUACUAAGUUUAUUUGGGGACGUCAUGAAUGUAAUACUUAUUAUUGAAGCUAUAGCUUGUAUGGAUUAUAAAUUGUACUACCAAUGUAUUGUAGGAGUACUACUAAUUAAUAAGUCAAUUAUAAUGGGAUGGAGAGAGUAAGUCUUGAAAAUAUUGUAAUCAAUUAUAUAUGAUGAUGUAGUUUUGAUUCUAUUCUAUUAAUGAUAUAGUAGUAGAUAGUUUUGAUUAUAAUUAAUAAAUUUUAAAUCAAGAAUUUAGAGGUUUUGCA